AUGCAGGCAGACGCAAAAUAUAUUGAAGAGGCGGAAUCCACGCGCUCGCGCAGCCUGUUGACACUCCCGCCAAACUUGCUUCUGCCAGAAAAAAUUUUCAUUUUAAAUUUUGAGACUAUUCCCGAGUUGUGGGACACGAAAAACCCAGGGUAUACGACAAGAAAUGAAAACUUGGCCAAUUUGCUGCCAAUUAUGAGAAAAGUUAAGGAAAACGCUAUCAUAGAUAAUGUGAAGAAAAAAAUUAAUUCAAUCAGAUCCAACUAA